AACUGUUAUUUAAUUACAAUAUUGCAAAGGUAUAUAAAAUACGUAGACUAAUUGAAAAUUGUGUGCAGUGGCUCGGAGUACGCCCACGGGGCACAGCGAACAGAAUUCAUCAAUUAUUGACGCUGUAUUGUGAGCUUUAACACUUUGCUAAGAGCAACGUCGAACAGUUGUCGGCUAUGGAGACUGGUAGCGAUGCGCUACAUGGGCCAUAGAUGUAGUCGGGUAGCGUAGUCGGAUAGUUCUUGCAGCUCGACGCCGUUUUUGGCCAUGCAUUUUUCACAUUUGCAUUGAUGGGUUUAUAAUCACAGGAUACGUGCUGAACCUCAAGGCUAUGUGGCAUGCGCCUAUAUAAGGCUGGCAGCUGUUGUGGCAUUAGUUCCAGAAGUAGCCAGAGUCGGUUGCAGUUGCCAACAUGUUGCUGCGUCGCAUCUUUCCGAAUAUGUACAAAGUGCCAGACUCUGCUCCCGUCGAGUCUCGCAAGGCUUCGCUGUAUUUGCUGCGCUGCGUUUUCCUAAUGGGCAUCAGAAGCCCGCCUAAGAGAUUCUUCUUCAUCUACGUCCUGUGGUCGUGCGCGCUAAAUUUGAGCUCUACUUUCUAUCAGCCCAUUGGCUUUCUGGCUGGCUACGUUUCGCACCUGUCCCAGUUCACGCCCAGUCAAUUCCUCACCUCAUUGCAGGUGGCCUUCAACGCUUGGUCCUGCUCGACUAAGGUGAUCAUUGUCUGGAUACUGGUCAAGCGUUUCGAUCGGGCCAACGAAAUACUCGACGAGCUGGACAAAGUUGUGACGCUGCCAAGCGAACGUGAAAGAGUCCAUCGAACUGCGGCCAACAGCAAUUGGAUCUUCUUCUGCUACAUGGGCGUCUAUGUGGUCUACGCAUCGAGCACGGCUCUGAUCGCCGCCAUAAUGGGCGUGCCCUCCUUUCAGAACUAUUAUCCAGUGCUCGAUUGGCAUGCCAGCCGUUUUCAGUUCUGGCUGCAAUCGGGCCUCGAGUACUUUGCCAUGCUGGGCGCUUGCUUUCAGGAUGUCUGCGUCGAUUGUUAUCCCGUUAACUAUAUUCUACCCUUGCGCGCUCACAUGGCCAUCUUCAGGGAGCGACUGCUGCAGCUGGGCACUGAUCCCGACGAAAAGCCGCAGCAACGUUACGAAAAACUUAUCGAUUGCAUCAAGCAUCACAAAAUCUUGCUAAGCUACUGCGACAAUUUGCGUCCCCUGGUGGGCGGCACGAUAUUUGUACAGUUUCUGGUAGUUGGCUUGGUUCUGGGCUUUACGAUCAUUAAUAUCGCGGUGUUUGCCAACUUUGGCUCUCGCAUUGCGGCUAUGUCCUUCGUGUGCUGCAUCAUGCUGGAGACGACGCCAUUCUGCACACUCUGCAAUUAUCUGGCCGACGACUGUUACCGGCUGGCGGAUGCCCUGUUCGAGUCCAACUGGAUCGAACAGGAUGAGCGCUAUAAGAAAAUCGUUUUGCAAUUCCUGCAAACUCUGCAGAAGCCCAUUGUCUUUAUGGCCGGGAAUAUUUUCAGCAUUUCGGUGGCUACGAAUCUGACUGCCACCAAAUUUUCAUUCUCUGUUUUUACGCUGGUUAAGCAAAUGAAUAUAGCCGAGAAGCUAGCCAAGUCAGGAUCGAACAUUGAAUAUUAGUAGGCACUCG